AAGUAUAUUAGCCAAUAGCACAGGAGCUAUAUGCUAGCAGCGAUGCACGAUAGCAUUUCUUCGUCUACUCCCAAUUCAUGGGAAAAUCCGAUUUUUCAGUUCACAUUCAAAUUCGUAUUUCAAUUUCAUCAGUCGCCAUGUUUCUUCUCAAGACAUGGAGAUCAGUAGCAUUUGGGGUAUAUGGUUACCAGAAUUUCACCAAAAAGGGUUUUUUGGAGCAUUCAAAAAAUUUCAGAUCAGAAGAUAUGCAAGGACAAAUCGAAGGGAAGAACUGUGUUGUGACAGGGGCGAAUUCUGGCAUUGGCUAUGCAACUGCAGAGGGCCUAGCUGCACGUGGAGCAACGGUGUAUAUAGUGUGCCGGAGCAAGGAGAGAGGCGAGGCUGCACGCUCAAAGAUCCAGUCUGCAACAGGCAAUAAGAAUGUCCAUUUGGAGAUUUGUGAUGUUUCUUGCAUUGGCGAUGUGAAAACUUUGGCGUCGCGAUUUUCAGUGAAGGAUGAGCCUGUGCAUAUUCUGGUUAACAAUGCCGGUGUGCUCGAGCAAAACCGUCUCACUACCUCCGAAGGGCACGAGAUGAAUUUCGCGGUGAAUGUCCUUGGCACGUACACCAUGACCGAGCUCAUGCUGCCGUUGCUAGAGAAGGCUGCACCCGAUGCUCGGGUCAUCACGGUUGCAUCGGGUGGAAUGUACACCUCUCCAUUGACGGAAGAUCUGCAGUUCAACAGCAAGGAAUUCAACGGAGUCGAACAAUAUGCCCGGAACAAACGAGUGCAGGUGGCGUUGACAGAAAAAUGGGCAGAGACAAACAAGGACAAGGGAAUCGGGUUCUACUCAAUGCACCCGGGGUGGGCAGAGACGCCCGGAGUCUCCAAGAGUCUGCCCGAUUUCUCAAAAACGUUAUCGGGAAACCUAAGAACGAGCGAGGAAGGCGCUGAUACAGUGAUAUGGCUAGCCCUACAACCUAAAGAGAAGCUCGUCUCCGGAGGGUUCUACUUCGACCGGGCUGAGGCGCCUAAGCACCUGCCUUUCACAGCCACAAAGGGCUCACAUUCUGCUAUAGACUCCAUUGUAGGUAAACUCCAUAGUAUGGCCAAUUUAUAGUGAAACUGUAUACUAUAUAUAUUAAUAUAUAUAAAGAGAGGUUUGAUAUCUCACUGAGGAAAACCUGUUUGUCCAAUUCAUCAAAACUACUAAACACUACUAUAUAUUGAUUGAACAUUUGUUACAUUCGUAUCACUAUACACACAAGUGUUUGUAUU